UGCGUAUGCGGCUCGGCGCGAGGGAAAUCCGUAAUGGUCGCGCGGACUCAGGUCACCUCCCACCCUAUCGCUUUGGAACAUUUGCGCGUGCGUACGGUGGGGCGCUUUUUUUUAACAUAGACAAGUUACUGCGCACGCGUGGCGCUGUAUUUGAGGUCGUGACCUUCAAGCAAUGGUACUGUCUUCACAGAUGAAUUCUUGGCUGUUAUCACCUGGUUAGUAUUGAAUGGUUGGUAAAGCGGGGCAGAGGAUGAAUGGGAAUGGAGGAGUUAGGCAGAUGGACGUGGACACUGAGUCGAGGAUGCAAGAUCCUGUUGUGGACAGGGAAACGGAGCCGGAUCUUGGCAGGAGCCUGAAGCACAAGUGUGCUGCUUAUGUGCUGGCGCUGCGACCCUGGAGCUUCAGCGCCUCACUCACCCCCGUGGCCCUGGGCACGACGCUGGCUUAUAAAAACCUGGGCGAAUUGGACCUGACCAUAUGCCUGCUGGCCGCCCUGGCUGUGCUAGCCGUACACGCAGCUGGUAACCUGGUCAACACCUACUACGACUUCAGCCGGGGCAUCGAUCACAAGAAAAGCGACGACCGGACCCUGGUGGACCGGAUCCUGGAGCCACAGGACGUGGUGCGGUUUGGAGCCUGUCUCUACACCCUGGGCUGCUUCUGCGCCUCUUCACUCUACUUCUUGUGCAAACUCAAACUCGAGCACCUGGCUCUCAUCUUCUUCGGGGGCCUGUCCAGUUCUUUUCUGUACACUGGAGGUAUUGGAUUUAAAUACUUUGCUCUCGGUGAUAUCAUCAUUCUGAUCACCUUUGGACCGUUAGCUGUGAUGUUUGCCUACUCUGUCCAAGUCGGUUAUUUGGCCAUUUCACCGCUACUUUAUGCAAUUCCCUUAGCACUCAAUACAGAAGCCAUCUUGCACAGUAACAAUACCAGAGACAUGGAUUCUGAUAAGCAGGCUGGGAUAGUUACCUUUGCCAUCAUUAUUGGGCCAACGCUAUCUUAUAUUGUGUACAACAUGUUGAUAUUCAUACCCUAUGUGAUAUUUUCUAUAUUAGCAACACGAUAUACAAUCAGCCUCGCAUUACCACUUUUGACUGUGCCUUUAGCCUUUUCACUUGAGCGACAGUUUCGAAGCCAGAAUUAUGCCAGAAUUCCCCAGACGACUGCAAAGCUGAAUCUUUUGCUGGGAUUGUUCUACGUUUUUGCCAUUUUGUUAGCACCACCUGGAAGCUUACCAAAUUAGUAACAGCACAGACUUCUUUUGAAGUCCAAAUUGAAGUUGCUGAAACUUUUUUUAUUUUGAAGUCCAAGAGCAGUCAGGUGUUCCAAUUAAGCCACUAUUCUUGUUAAAGAUGGCAAACUUUUGUUUGCUUUUCAAACUACUUCUACUUUCACAACUUAGCAAAGACACUCGUGAAAAAGCAUGUUUUUUAAGCAAAUACAUUUGAACAAUGAUUUUGGUACCAGGAAAACAAUCUGAUAUAACUUCCAAAAUUAAGCAGUGACCUAUAUUUUAACUGCUGCCCGAUGGUGGAAACAUAUGUCACAAGUGCAUUUAAACUCAAGUCAUUAUACCUAUUAUUUUGUACAGCUUUUUUUAACUAGAUUUUUAAAAUCUAUAUAUAUAUAUAUAUAUAUUAAAAUAUAUAUUUAAUCAUGGGCAAUAGAGAUUUGAAUUGAAUAUUCAGUUUUUACAUUUCCUGGCUUUCAUUUAAGCAUUAAAAGGUUAGCAAAGUUGUAGUUUGAAACGUGUACUUGUGAUGUAAUUGCUCUUUACAGGCUACAGCCAUCAUGAAUAAAUAAUAUAGAUCGCACAAUUAGUGCCUGGCAGCACAAAAAUGUGAAUUUAUAGCACCUGUACUAAUUGUGCUGAGAAAAUUGGUCCUAGGAAGUAAUUUCAAAAAUUUAAUCUCACUUCAUUUUCAGAGAACUUCAGUGUUACAUCUUUUUGCUCCUUUUUUUGAACUUCUUAGAUGUAAUUGCAUUUCAGUGCUAUUUUCUAAUCUAUUGUAAGCAUUCAUGAGGAUCGAUAUUCAUUUUGAAAUUGUUACAUUUGAAAUGUUUAAUUGAAUUUAAUGCUGUAAUGCAUAAAUUGGCAUUAAAGAGCAGAUUGCAAGAUAAGGCAGUUGCUUUGCAAGAACUGAAAAGGAAAACUUGGAGGGAUGGAGUAUUUAAUAUUUUGUCAUUUUACUUUAUGAAGAUUGUAAAUGAUUGUGCAUUAAUUUUUCCAAAAGGAAUAAAUGGAUUCUUGUUUAUCCUUUACUCACCCUAGAAUUAAUUGUUAAUUGAAAUAGUGACCUCUUUGACAACAGUGCAGUAGACAAAUGAGCAGCCAAAAACUGCUGCUUUUGCAGUGCUUCACACGAGGCCAUAUGGCAAGGGUGGGGGGUUGGUGGGUAGGGGAGGACUUGCUGCCUUUGUUUAAAUAGUGGAUGAAGCAUAUUGGCUUUUACAAUUAAAAAUACUGAAUUAUGCUGUUGUCUUAAUUUUAAAUGUGAGGGGAAAAAAUACCAAUAAUUUCUCCCCUUCAAAACUCCUUUAAAAGCGAACAACUGCAGCAAAGUUGAAAAGUCACAUACUUUGCAGGAAAUGAACAUAUUUGGGACCGUUGAAAGUUUGGGAUUUCACUACUAUUUUGAGGAUCUUGUUUCAGAACUUUAUUCUGUUUCUAUGCCUUGGCUUUAAUUUAUUUAAACUCCUUUCCCUCCAUUUGGAGACUUGCAACUUCAGGACAUUCUGUUACAUUGUUGGAGCAUCAGCGAGUGGUUCCAUGGGAACUUAUUGAAAGGAUGCUUAUUUCCAUCCCUGGACAAUGAUUUGUGCUGAAGAUGGUGUAUUUUCAUGGAGAGACUGGAAGUACUAUUGUCAUCAAGUAAAGAGAGUAGUGCCUUACCCUCAGGUUCUCUUAACAUCUGUGUUAUUUUUAGGAAGAAAUAAUUUUAAAAUUGCAGAUAUCCAUUUCCAUUGUUGGAAAGUUGAUUAGUGAUUAGACUUUAAUUAUUUGAAAAAACAGAUUAAAUAUUGGACCCAUCCUUAUGUUUUUUUCUCCUCUUUGUUCUGCCUUUAAGCAUUGGAUUUAAUCAUGUGGAUAACAUUUGAUUUGCUAAAAAUGUGUAUGUUAAGAUCAUUUUAUUGACUUAAAAGUAAUAUGAUAAGAAUAGAGACACAGCAUCCCCUGUACCUAUGAGCAGGCUCCCCUUCUCAAAGGUGAGUUUAACAAAGCUGAAGUUUCCUCUCUACUUUGUUUACAGAUUUUUUAAAAUUUCCGCCGACUCCAGCAU